CAUCAGCUGGCCAGCGCAAAGGACUCCGUAUAUGUCAUACGGAAGUCGGAGUCUGGAAUUCCCGUUCUAGUCGCAGAAACCAUCAUAGAAAAGGAGAUAUAUGGCGAGUACCUGGACACGGUUCACGGGGCGAUAUUCACCCUCUCCUGUCCCCUCCCUGACCCCGCAACCAACAUUUCCGGAUGUGACGCUACCAUGGAAGGUACGUUCCGGCUGGGAAACGAAGAGUACCGGAUGUCAGUGAUGGAGAACAACGCGCUAAAUCGCGUGCGGAGGGCGGUGGACCCGGGUGCCCUCUGGCGGCGCGCCAAGACCCUGGCCACGGGCGCUACGGCCUUUUCCAAGGUGUAUGGCAUCUACAAGACCGAGUCCACACCCUUUACGCCCACAGACUUCAAGGAAGCAGAACCAAUUCUCCGCGGGCGGGUUUCGGCGUUUGGCGAAGAAGCGAAAAUCGUACGAGACGACGUGUUGCCAGGCGACCGCAUCUACAACCUCGAGAUUCUCGCGGUCCUAGACUACAGCCUUUACAAUCGAUUCUACAAGGCGAGUAAGGCGGGUACAGAGUCUGGCAAGGAUAACGAGGCCAAGGUGAACCUGAAAAAGUACUUCUCGCACGUGUUUAACGGCGUCGACAUGCUGUACAAGUCUAUACAGGAACCAGACUUCUCACUCAGCGUCGCCGUGUCGGGCUUCGUCAUUGCAGAUACACCUGAAGCCUCUGUUUGGACGACGCCACACUCGGACUUGGUGGCGGGUGGCGGGCGCAGGGAGCUGCUGGUGUCCACUCCCCUAGAGGAGCUGCUCCGGUGGUCCGUGAACGCCAGAAAUCUCCCCGAGAACGACCACAUCAUGCUUAUGACAGAUUACGACCUGUACUCGCGAGACAGUGGGGUGAAGGAUACACGGACGGCCGGAUACGCGCGGGUGGGCAGCGUCUGUCACAUAGACAGCGUCUCUGUCGUAGAGGAUCACGGCGGCUUCCAGAGCAUCAACGCUGCCGCUCACGAGCUGGGACACGGACUUGACGCGCGGCACGACGGGGUGGCUAACACGUGUAAUCCGGAAGACCAGUACAUCAUGACGGCGCAUGGAGGCUUUGAGACCGAGCAGACCAAGAAUAACCCAUGGCGCUUCUCUGCGUGCUCCGUCAGACACUUCAAGAACUACAUCCAGAGGCUUGAGCAGUCAGGUACCCGGAACUGCCUGACGGAUCCGGCGGAAGUGUUUGACCGCGCGGAGUUCCUUGAGCACGUGCGUCUGUACCCGGGGCAGGACUACACGCCCAACGAACAGUGCCAGGAUAUACUCGGGCUCGACUCGUUCUAUGGAUGGGGUUCCGAUCUAGGAAUGUUCAACACGAUAUGCACGGAAAUGUCGUGCAAGCUGCCCGGAAAUAGCCGUUCAUACCGUGUCUAUAAGGCCGCAACUGGAACGUCUUGCGGGGACAAAAUGUGGUGUUUUGAAGGCAGGUGCGUUUUUGACGAGAGAGCGCCAACAAAAGAUCCCUCGUGUGUGUUCGGAGACAUCCAGCGGCGGUUCGGUGUUGAUGGGAACUCAUGCCGAGAGCAUAUGCUCGAGCGACCCAUGCGUUGCUAUGACAACUUCUACAGCGCGCGCUGCUGUGACACGUGCGAGAGGCUCAACACUGGCGUCACUAGUUGUGAGUAUGGCGACAAGGCUCUCGGCUGCAACCCAAUCGGAUGUCGCGACCCCAAUUAUGCGGCCACGUGUUGUAGCACAUGCGGUCGGGCGCCAUUUCCGGUUAUCAGGGACCUGAUCCCUACAACCACAUCAACAACACCACCGCCAACAACAACAACGACGACAACAACGGCAAGGCCGACCACAACCACCCGUACCACAGUUACCAGAAGACCGACAGCUGCACGGCAGACGACUUCAAAAGUCACACAGGCUUCACUUACGACACCCCCUACUACACAGUCGACUAUCACCAUCCGCCCGACCACCGCCCCGUCCACAUCGCCAACCCGUGUCACGCCCUCCACAGGGGCGCCGAUUGAACGCACUACAGUGGCCCGCGCCACUCAACCGACAACAUUAGCAAAGCCGACAACUCCGAAGACGGCUGCUGCGGACCCCAGCCUGGUACCUUCCGGAAAUGGAGGCCUGUGUCUCCGGACGGACGGGCGGUUCCUGGUGUUUAGCUGCUCCUCCCUCCUGUCUAUGUGGGGGCCGGAUGUGUGUGAUAACAGCCUUCUUGCAAGAUCAUGCUGUGAGAAGUGUCCCGCAGCCGGACAGGGCGCAUGUUUGGACAAGCCGUCGUGCACGGUACGUUAUGCACGGGAGUGUUACAUCGAGGGCGCGCGGAAUGAUUGCUGUCGCACGUGUCAGCAAUUCCAGACAGAUAUACCUAGUUGUGAGUACGGAGACCGGAUCCGGAACUGCGAGUUUUAUGUUGCGCGGCUAGGAGCGACGGAAAUCUGUAACAACUACCGCCACUACUGCUGCGGUACAUGCGCUUUACUCUUCUCCCAAAGUCAGAGCAACCCGGUAGGGCGGAUUGAGGGUGGGCCCCAGGAUGCCGCAAAUUCAACUAAGGAUGUUUCCGCAGACGCUCAUACUGUGGAGAACGUAGGCAGUUCCGGUAAAAGUCGCAGAAAGGGAAAAGGUCGCGACAAGAAGGGCGGCAAACGGAAGGGACCGCAGAAAGGAACGGGUAAAAAGAACAAAGGCAAUAAAAAAGAUAAAAAGUCAGGCAGAAGUUCGUCUCGAAGCAAUUUAGUCCUACGACAGCCAGGAUUAUUGUUAGCGCCCCCAAGGUCUCCAAUACAUACUGUUGUUUUACGGCCGGCGUUCCGGUGGCGGCCGCGUGGGUGGAGAACAACGGCCUCCCCCCGCCAGCGCAGUGACGCUCUCAGCAACUUGCGUGUCGUUAUAUCCUCUGUACCGAUGUGAUGUUUAUGACAGUAUUCGCAGGGCUCCUUUGUAUUUAUUGAUAUAUAAGACUUAAAUUAACAUAUCUUGUGUUGUUUUGUCCUCUACUGAUCAUAUAUUCAUAACAUUUUUCAUAUUUAUAGAUGUUUUAUGAGUGCA